UCCGAUCUGUGCCGAAUAUGAAACGCCGCUCACGCGGUCAUCUUAUCUAAGGUUAGGUUAAGCUCUCCAGUCUCAACGGAUAUUUGCUUCGUUCGCAAACUUUUAACUUUAAACCACCGAUAAAAGAGUUAUACUCAAAGCAGUCAUAGCCAGAGCCAAAGAAAUGGUUCGUAAACGUUUUCAAGAAGCUAAAACAGGCUUUGAAUAUCUUAAAACGGUGAAUUACGACAAGUACCUUAGGAAAGUAGGAUUGGGAAAAGAAGACUGGUACUUUUGGAAGCAAGUGGGCAAGGCUUUGCUCUGCACCUACACACUAUUUGGGGUUGCGUGGCUCUACAACGAAACAUCGCCGCUUGGUUGGUGGACGCUAAAGCCAAAGCCAAAGGAGGAGCGAGAGCUAGCUCACUUGUAUGAGAGGCGAGAGUUCCCAUAUCCAGGCGACACAGAAGCCAUGGAAGAGUUCAUUGCCAAGGGGGGAAUGAUCGGCACGACAAUUGGACCCAAAGGGAUUGUGGAAACGGAUAAAGAUGCGUAUAAUUAUCAGAAAGAGUUGCAGAACAAGAAGUUUGAGCAAGAGGCGCAGAAGCUGUGGCUGAGGAUGAGGAAUGAAGUCAUACAAGAGCUUCAAGACAAAGGGUAUGAUGUUGAGUGAGAAAGCCAUUAAGGACAAUCAUGGUAUGGGAGUUAAAGUGUUUGAUGGAAGCUUUUCGGUUGUGGGUUUGUGCUUGUGUACAUUUGAAUGCCUGAUGAAUGUUUGUGUUGAUGACAAGACUGAAUUGUGCACUCCUGUCUGGCAUGAUUUCCCCAAUAUGAUGUUUCAAAUGGAAAAGAGAGACAAUUGUGUUAAAGCAUUAGUAUUAGCAUGCAUGGUUUGAUGAUUAACUGUAACAGCAGAGUCCCUGUUAGCAACUGUGAUGCAUCAUGUAUGAAUAAUGGGUAGUCAUUAGAUUUUU